AGGAUGGCGUCGCGAGGCUAACACAGUGCUAGCCUGGGAACUCCCAUACUGCCUUUAGUUCUACACAAUCGUUUCGAUCUGAAAGACAAUCUCACUUGUGAUUAGGUCUGGUGUUAACCAGGCAAACACAGUGCAUGACUUUUGGGGAAAGGUGUCUAUUCUUUAGUUACCCGCUAUCGCCAUCUAGCUGCCAGAUAUUUUCUGACGAGGGGACUGGGUGGAGGGCUCUAGCUCUACUUCUUGUUAGAUGCGUUCUCUGCCACGUCAGACUGGUUGCAGCGAUUCUGCGGUUACAGUGACGACGACUUCCUUGUUUUGUCAGUCCGAAAACAUAUGUGAAUCUCAAACGAAACAACAUGCAUUAUCAACAAGUGCUACUCGUGCUGAUAACCUACAUUACCUUGGGUGCCAGCACAGAAUUGACUUUUGAACUACCUGAUAACGAGAAGCAGUGUUUUUACGAGGACCUCGAUAGCGGUGUUAAGUUUGACAUUGACUUUCAAGUAAUAGCUGGUGGGAACUAUGACGUGGACUGUUUUGUGACUGAUCCGCUGAACAACGUACUGUAUCAAGAAAGAAAGAAACAGUAUGACAGUUUCUCACAUACGACCACAUUGAAAGGUGUCUACAAAGUCUGCUUCAGCAAUGAGUUCUCGACCUUCUCCCAUAAAAUUGUAUAUCUGGACGUGCGGGCAGGAGAGGAGCGACCUUUACUGCCAGACAUGAGCAGAACGACCGCUCUGACUCAGAUGGAGUCAGCAUGCCUGUCUAUCCACGAGAUUCUGAAAGUGGUCACAGAUUCCCAGACGUGGUACCGUCUCAGAGAGGCCCAGGAUCGAAUACGAGCGGAGGACAUUAAUGGCCGCGUCUCCUACUGGUCCAUCGGGGAGACACUCUUCCUCUUUGCUGUCAGCAUUGGCCAAGUCCUGAUGCUCAAGAGCUUCUUCUCUGAGAAGAAGAACAAUGUGAACACUAGCACAUGAAUAAAUAAAAAAGUCAAGUCAAA